AUGACCCAGCAGACUUAUGCCCUUCCACCAGGCUCUCGCAUCCUCGUAACUGGUGCAAACGGCUACAUAGCCUCCCACGUUAUUGACCUAUUACUGAAGCGAGGGUAUCGCGUUCGCGGUCAAGUGCGCCAAUCUCGGCCAUGGCUAGACAAACUCUUCCAAGAAAGAUACGGUGAUCUCUUCGAGUCUGUCGUCUUAGCGGAUUUGGGGGACCGAGAUGCUGUUUCACCCCUGAUCAAGGAUGUAGCUGGUAUGAUGCUGAUUGCAACAGAUAUAUCUUUCGCCGAGGAUCACUCAAUAAUCGAGGAAACCGUCAAGCGAACUCUCACUUGGCUGGAGCUCGCGGCCGGAAAUAAUUGCAUUAAGCGAGUUGUGUUGACAUCCUCUGCCGGAGCGUGCACUGCACCCGUCGCCGAUAAACCGGUCGUAUUUGACAAAGACUCAUGGAACGAGUCUUCCCUUAAGGCUGUUCAGGACAAUGUUGCUGAGCUGCCGGGCCUGAUGGGCGGUUCCAUAUACGCGGCGUCGAAAACAGAGGGGGAAAGGCGAGCGGUGAAAUGGGUCGAGGAAAAUCAUCCACCAUUUGUUUUCAACAGAGUGGUGCCUUACUGGACUCUCGGGCCGCGGAUUCACCCCGAAGUCGGCAACAUAUUUGGUAGUAUGUCCCUGACGAGUGGUCUGGCCAAAGGUCUUGGUGAUUUCAUGCAAGCUUUUCCUCCGAUGUGGUAUGUGAGUGUAGAAGACGUAGCCCAGCUCCACGUUGCCGCUUUGCUGGACCCAGAGCUAGAAUCGGAACGUAUUUUUGCGAUGGCGGCGCCGUUCAACUGGUCAGAUGUUGUCGGAAUUAUGCGCAAACUUCAGCCGCACAAUAGCAAGAUUCCGGACCCGCCCGCCAACGAAGGACGCAGCCUGCAUCUGUUCGUUGGAGUCGAGAAAGCCGAACAAAUAUUGCGAGAAUUUUGUGGGCGACCUGGAUGGACGUCAUUGGAAGAGUGCCUCGCUGUGGGCUUGCCAACGUACGAAUGA